AGGAAUCAACCGGCCGGCAAGCAGAGGGAUCUAGACGAGUACUCGACGUACGUUUGUGUGGUGCGCGCUGUCUUCGAGAGGAUAGGCUCUUCCAGUGUCGCUCGAGAACUUGCCCGCUGACGUUUGUUCGCUUGGCUUAGCUCCGCUCCGCUCUGUAACGAAGCGUUUUCUUCGUUUUCACUUCGAGACCGGGUCGGACCUGUGAAAAAGUAAGAGUAAAAUCAAGAGAUAAUGACGAUGGCAACGGAGACAGAAAAUACCGGGCCCGAGAGCAAGGAGAUUAAAGACGUGAAAGAGAUGAAGGAGGCAUUGAAGGACGAAACGCCGCCGGACAACAAGCAAGAGGAGAAAGAUGCGGCGAAAAAGGAAGAUAGUGGUAAGAAGGAAGAGGCCGCUGACGCCGCGGCCGCUACGCCAUCCAACGCACCGACCAAGGCUAUCAGCGUGCAUAAGACCAACUACGAGAAGGAUAUUGUUUAUCUGUAUCAGUUCUUUCGAAUACCGCUUCUACCCUCCAUCUCGCCGUAUUGUCUUAAGGUGGAGACAUGGUUGCGGCUCAACGGCAUCAAAUACGAGAAUGUGGACCAUAAAAUGAAGUUCCGCUCUAAGAAAGGAGCAUUGCCCUUCGUCGAGUUGAACGGCGAGGAGAUCGCGGAUAGCACCAUCAUCCUUCGCGACUUAAGCGCGAAAUUCGACAAGGAUUUGGACGCCGUCCUUACGGCUGAGCAACGAAGCGUUUCUCACGCAAUGAUAUCGAUGAUCGAAAACCACCUGGUAUGGGUUGUCAUGUGCUGGCGUAUCAAGAAUCUCGAUCAAGUUUUGAAGGGUUACAAGGUGAACCUUCAGCACGCGCUCGGUACUCGCAUUCCUAAUGGUAUCCUCAACUUCUUCUUCAAGCUUACAUUCGGGCGUAAGGGUGCGAAAAAAGUGAAGGCGCAGGGUAUGGGUGUGCAUACCCCAGAAGAGAUAUCCCAAUUCGGUUGCGCCGAUCUCAAAGUUCUCUCCGACAUGCUUGCCGACAAGCCCUUCUUCUUUGGAGAUGAGCCGACUACGUUGGACGUGGUGGCAUUCGCCCACCUUGCCCAAAUCCUCUAUAUCGACAAAGACACGCCGUACAGUCUCCGAGAUUACAUGCAGGAGAAUUGUCCAAACUUGGUUGGUCACUGUUCGCGAAUGAAGGAGCGAUGCUUCCCGGAUUGGGAUGAGAUCUGCUCCACCCUUGACAUGAACACGCACCUACCGAAGCCAGAAAAGCAAGAGGAGAAGGAAGGCAAGGAGGACGCGAAGGAGUCGAAGGAAUCAAAGGAAGAGAAAGAAGGUGACAAAGAAAAGGCGGAUAAGGAAGAAAAAGAGCUGGAGAAGGACAAGGAAGUUGACGAGAACAAAGAAAAGGAAAAAGAAGGGAAAUAAGCUGUUUCGAGUGGACAUGCAAACAAAUAAAUCUUUCAAAAAAAAGAGGGAAAGGAAAAAGAAGAUUUGAAACUGAAGAAAAUUGAGGGUGUGAUCUGGUAAGAUAUAGAGAAGGGGGGAGGGGGUUGAAAAAGGAGGGAGUGCGGGAGAAAGAAUGAGCGUGUGUGUGCGUUUGCAUGUGUGUGUAAAUGAGCGUGCGCGCGCGCAAGUGUGAAUGCGUUUCGUAUGGAAUGCUCGACAGAAAGGAACAGAAAGAGAGAGAGAGAGAAUGUGUGCGUGAGAAAGAGAAAGAAUGAGUAUAUAGAGAGCAUGACGAUAAGGAGGAGGGGCAAGAAUGUGCGUAAAUGAUAGAGCGACAGAAAUUCGAUGAGUGCAAGAAAAAAGAGGGUAGUAGGGGGGUUUCAGGUUUAGAGCUCUCUACUUAUACGUAUAGAUAUUAAAAUAGACUCAUAAUGUUAAAUACUUCGUUUAUACGUUCGUAACACGUUACGCCAUUUCUCAUCGACACCCCAGCACACCCAAUAUCGAACAACAAACUUUAUUAUUAUAUUCGACCCAGGGCCCUUUUUCCCCCCGCGAAAGAUAAUACAUACAAUGAAAGCUGGAUUAAAAAAGAAGAGUGGGAGGAGUAAUAACAGAAACGGGGCUAUCUUAUAAGUCAUUAGAAUAUCGUAGGUUUGCAAUAUAUCAAAUGCAAUAGCCUGAUACAUUCAGGUGUGUGAGAGAUCUUCUUCGCUGGACAGUGGCCAAAAUGAAAUGCAUCGUAUUCGUCGUGCGGAUAGACACGAUGUGUAUUGUAUACGAUGCAGUUUAAUGCGAAGGAGCAAGAUCGUUUAUGGUUGCGAGACAGGACGAUAGAUAGCGCCCCUGACACUGAUUCAGGGAGAAGGCGUCUUGUGGUCGCUUCUUAUACCAUUGGCUCUUACUGUGCAAAAUGAGUUACGUACCUAGCGUUCCAGCAACGUACCGUAUAUCACAUUAUGAUCUUCGUUUGAUCGUGUUCUUUAGCCACACAUGUACAUGUCCGUACUUUUAGAAUUGCUAUUUAAUAUGUGAUGAUUUUAAUAUUUUGCAUUUUUUAACCGUUCUUUCCACACAAUCGGACUCCAUUCGAAUAAUCAUCAUUCAAAACGUAAUAUAUCAUAGAUUCCUUUUUGAUACAUUUGAAUACUCGAAUGACCUCUCAGAAAUCGUUUUUCAUGCAACGAUAAUCAGAGAUCGAAUUGUCAGGUGCAUCAGAAAAAGAAUAAUGACUGUUUUUCAUAUUGUCUUGAAUUUGCAUCGUGAUCUUUAUUUUUUUAUACGAGUUUCACCUCGAGUAAAAUCUCACUUACGUAUGUGCGUGCGUCGAGUUGUGAUUUUUUUACGAUUUAUUAACGUCUCUUCGAUGAACGAAGGAUCAUUUGCGAUUGCGGAUCGACGGUAAAUGAUAAUAUUUACGAUGAUUUGUAUAUUAUUAGAGAUAUUUAUAUUGCGUGCACGCGGAUGCAAUCCGAUUGAUGGCGCCGUUGGAAGCGGAAACGGCGCCGUCACCGCGCUCUGAAAUCGUUUCAGGCGCUUUGUUUCUUCUUUUUCUUUCAUCGAGACAAGAAGAAAAAAUAUAAAUGAAACAAAGAGACAAAAGGAAACUAUGAAAGAGGCAUCAGACAAAUAUCGAUUCCCUCUAUCUGUGUUUCCUUUUGAUAUUCGAAAACGAAAUAAAAUUUUUUAAAAAUAAAAGAAAAAGAAAAACGAAUGAAACGCUGUGCUGCCCCCGUGUGUUAGUUGAACUUUAUUAGAUGACUUUUUUCUUCGAAUGUGUGAGGAAAAUUUUACAUAACGAAGUAAAAGAAGAAAAAAAAGAAAAUACAAAAAAGUGUCUUUCACGCAUCGAAAUGAAGGGAAAAAAACAAUUUACACACAGAGAAUACACCAAACACAUACACGCUCACAUAAACACACAAGUACAGACAUUUUGAUGUAUAAUGUUAUAUCGAACGGGAAUUGAGUGUUUUUUGUACGAGACCCGCUUUUUAGCAAGCGUUGGUCAGAAAAAUAAUUCCACGAGGACACGAGUUUAAUAUAAUUAAUAUUUAAGUAGCUUACUAUAAUUAAACGACGAUUACGAUUACAUAAAGGACAAAAGGAAAAAACAAGUAAACAAUUAGUCUGUGGAAGCUGUUUAUACCUUAGGAACAACGCAUACGUUUACACCCGUGGUUACAUUAUUAUUAUUAUUAAUUAUUAUGGAUUAUUACGAGUACGAGUAAAAUAAUAAGAUAAUGAAAAAUUAGACGAAGAGGAAAGGAAAGAAAGAAAUGAAAAGGAGACAGCAAGUAAUAAGAAAACAAGACCAUAAACGUUGUAAGCACAGUAGGUAGGCACACAUCCAGUACAGUAAGAUUAUUAUAAGAGGAAUAAUAAUAAUAAUUAUAAUAUGACUGCUCGUUUUAUGCUCGGCGCUAUACAUUUCAUUGUCAUUAUUAUAUCACCAUUUAUUAACGAAAUACAUACGAACAAAUAAAAUGUGUUUAUAAAUAUAAUGUCAUCUUUACGAAA